UUUCACUAUUUUGUUUUGUUUUGUUUUUUUUCGUUGAAAUGGGCGAAGAAUUUUUUUAAAAUAUAAUAUGACGUGGCAGACCUGGGUAGGUUGACGUGGCAGAGAAAUAAUAUUUUAUUCAAGCGGUUGGCCUCGUCAGCUUAUUAUUAGGAACUAAAUUGAGCCAGGUCAGGGGUGUUUAACAGGGAUUAAAUUCAAAUAAUUAAUUAUCCCUAACAUUUUAAUUUUUUACAACCCUUUAAUUCUUUUGCCCCUUAUUCUUCUUCUUCAUCCGGUUACUCUCUCUCCGGCAGCCACACAACCACCAAUAACUCAGGUUGGUAAGAACCACCGUCUAGUAGAUAAAGCUCUGCUCUCAGUCACACCUUCAGAGGCGGUCCAAGCUUUGAAGAAACCUUUGGAUUUUGACAAAGCCCUCUUUGCUAAGUUCAACACAUAAACACAGAGAGACACACAGAGAGAGGAAAAGAUGCUGAGACCGCUUUUCAAGAAGCCUACUUUGAAGCUUACCACAUUUUCCCUCAUCCAAUUCAAUCAACAGAGAGAGCUGCACAGUAGGAACAAGAAGGCGAUGGAGUUCAUAGCCAAAGGAUGGAGUGCUCUCAAGGAAGUUGAUAGAGUCAUCGAUUACUGUGAGCUCAAUGAUCGUCGUCUCAUUCCUCUCCUUAGGGCAGCUAAGGAAAACUUUGAGUUGGCUCUAGAGACUGACAACUCAAAUACCCAUGCCAGAUUUUGGUUGUCCAAAUUGCAUUUGAAAUAUCAUGUCCCAGGGGCAUGUAAAGCUGUAGGGGCUGCUUUGUUAGUUGAAGCUGCAGAUAUGGGUGAUGCAGAUGCACAGUAUGAAUUGGGCUGUCGACUGAGAGUUGAGAAUGAUUAUGUCCAAUCAGAUCAACAAGCUUUCUAUUAUUUGGAAAAGGCUGUUGAUCAGAUGCAUCCUGGUGCUCUUUACCUUCUUGGUGCUGUAUAUUUAACUGGGGACUGUGUGAAGAAAGACGUUGCCUCAGCAUUAUGGUGUUUCCAUAGGGCAUCAGAGAAGGGACAUACCGGUGCAGCUAUUGCAUAUGGAUCCCUUCUUCUAAGAGGUGUACAGGUCCCAGAAUCUCUUACGAAAUUCAGUGCUAAGAGGGGCUCCUCUGCCAAAACAAGGAAGAACAAAGAAAGCCCCAUGAUGAAUCCAGUAGAGAUGGCCAGACAACAGUUCCAAAUUGCAGCAAAAGCUGGAUGUGAUCUUGGCCUUAGAUGGUUGGAUAGACUUGAGGAGGAAGAGAAACGUCUACUCACUAAAUAACGUAUGUCUAGACAUAAUUAGUUCUGUGGCACAACUAAACUGACAUGAGUACCAACGAAAGGUAUGGGCUCAAGAUCAACCAACGAAGAAAGUCAGUGUUCCGCUGAAACUCCACCAUACUUCUUGUCUAUAAUGGUUAUUUGUCAGCAAGAUAUUUCUAUAAUGUAACAUGUUGUAUGAUCUUGAAAUAUCUUCAAAUAAGAUUGGGAAUUGCUCCAUGUGCCAAAAAAUUCGACUUUGUGAAAUUUGGAUUUACUGUGCCAAGUGAUUGGGGGUAUGUAUUGUUGGGUAAGGGUACUUGAGUUAGCUGAAGAAAAAAAAGGAUCCCCGCCAAUUGAGGGAAAGGA